AUGUUUCUCAGUGGAGGGCUGUACUGUCUGUUAUUCUUCCCCUUGAUCCAAGGGAGGCAUGAGACAUUGUCCGGGGACCGGCUGGUGGGUUUAUCCCAGAGAGACCGGUCUCUGUGCCAUUUGGUCGCCGGUGACCAUUCAGCCCAUUCUUUAAGUUUCCUAGCCCGGCUCCGAGGUUUCAAUGAUAGACCAGUCCUCUUCCAAAGCAGCUGGAGCCGGCAGGGUCAGCUAGAGCAAUGCAUCUUCUGGCAGGAGGCGACUAUCACCAGCGCUUACCUGGCGUUUUGCCGUGAGAAGCGGGGCAAGCCACUGAGCACCGGGACUUUCCUGACAGAGUGGGACUCCCGCCUGGACACGGCCCUGAGGGACCUGGAGCAGUGGGCUCGGAACUGUUCCAGCCCGCUGCUGAGUGCCGCGGGCCCGGAGUCUCUCCGGGGAAGGAGGAGCGCUGCCCUUGCCCCUCUGGGGAAGCCGGAUAGCCCGGGGUCAGCCUCAUUCCUCCAGAACCACCGGCCAGGGGCUAGGCGGGGCCGCCGGACUCUGACAUUUCCCGGGACCGUUUGGUGUGGGCCUGGAAACUCUGCUGAAAACUUCACUGACUUGGGAAUAUUUGAUCAGACAGACUUAUGCUGCAGAGCACAUGAUCACUGUGAGCACAUAUUAUCUGCUUUUGAAUACAACUAUGGAGUGUGGAACUUCAGACUGCACACAAUAUCCCACUGUGACUGCGAUUAUAGGUUUAGGAGAUGUCUCCUGAAUGUAAAUGAUACCAUCUCCACAGUGGUUGGAAUAGCAUUCUUCAACGUUCUCCAGGUGCCCUGUUUCAAUCUGGAACCAGAUGGAAGUUGCAUUAAGAAGACCCAAAGGAGCCAUUGCAAUAUCACUGAACGCACGCUGCGGGCUGUUCUUCGUUCUCAACCCAGGUACAACUAUACCCAUCCCAUUUUGGAUGAGUUUCAGAUGGGAUUGGAGUCUAAAACCACGGCAAGUUCUGCAGCAACCAGCAGCCAGAACCAAAUAAUCACUAGCCUCUCCACUGGAUCCACUACUCAUGGUACAUUGGCAAAAUCAACCCAAAAGGUUAAAAGUAUAAACAAAAAGUGUCACAAGUGCAAAGGUCACCAGAAGAAGAAAACCAAAGCUAAUUCCCAAAUUAUCUUGAAGGCGAAAGCAGAUAUGAUGCCCACAAUGGUACCCACUGAACUGGCUUUUAAACCUGCCACUGAACAGAACUCAGUCCCUGUUGCCAUGGAGAAAAAAGAUGGUCCUAGAAAGCUUUUGCAAAGAAAUAUCUCUGAUGCCUUAUUGAACCAAGUGAAUGGGACCGUGGCUGUUGGAUUGGAUAAAAAUAACAGUAAAGAACAUAGUUUCACCAUUCUGGGAAGACAGAACACAGCAACCAGCUUAAGCAAAAGUGUGGAAUCAACCACGUUAUCAAGCAAAAACCAAACCGGGAUAAAACUGGCCAAGACCAUGUAUAACAUAAAAAACACAGUCAGUAGCUCCUUUAUUUCCUCAAGAAAAGCAUUCGACUUGAGCAGUUUUUCCAAGAAUAGUAGUUUGAAAUCCUUACCAAGUGGCAGUGCCAGAAAAGGCCACGCACCAAGGAAUCUGCCAUGUAGGAUGGGAAAUUGGAACCAUUCCGAAAUCAUCAUCAGCUCCCCCUGUGCUCAUCAGACUCUGGAUCCAAUCAGACCUCGUCCAACUGCACCUAAAGGUAAAUCCAGAGGUUGUAAUAUUUACAAAGCCCUGGAUCGGUGUGAGCACAAGAUCUCUCCACAGGAAUUCAAAUUCUCAUAUCACAACCAGCAGUCCAGGACUCUCUAUCACUGUGACUGCUUAAAGAGAUUGGCAAAAAAGAUGAAGAAACAUGUGAACGUCAGCACAGCGGAGUGGCUGUUGACUGAGUUUGUGUCACAGAGCUGUUUCUGGCUGAAAUCAGUGCCGAGGAAUUGCAGUAACGAGGAGUGGAGGCACUGUGCAACACAAUCAGGUUCCACUGUGGCUGUCCUUUCCAAACCCAGGCAUCUCCAGAGGAUUCUGCAACACCUUGGCAUUCUAGAUGAAUACCUCAAUCUAUUAACAGAUGAGCAAGAAAGAUACAAGAAUGGAACAUCCAAUGUCACCAACUCCGUUAAGUUGUAUGACAAGUGUUUACAAUUGAUUCAGGCUUAA